GUUAAACCUUUCGAGCAUCGAUCGCAGCAACGAGAGUGUGCAAUCUGCCGACCGACAAGCCCGCGCACCGCCAAGGUCGGAUUGAAACAACACGAAAUGGCGGCAGAAGUGCUCCCGCUGGCAACGGUGAAGCUGCCCUCGGGACCCAGUCCCGUAACGGCCGAGCAGCGGUAUUGGAGGUCGUUCAAGAACCAAAAAUCCCACACCUCGACGGCGGCAUGGCCCAUUUCACACAUCAACUUCCCCGCCGCAACCGGCGCGGCGCACUCCAAUUCACUUGUCGCUGCCGCGAAGCUCAACGACCUGUUUGCCGUGACGUCGGGGCCGCGUGUCGAAAUCUACUCGAUCCGCAAACGUGAGCCGCUCAAGACGAUCGGUCGCUUCGACAGCGAGGCCCACUGCGGCGAGAUCCGCGCCGAUGGCAGGGUCCUGGUAGCCGGCGAGGACUCGGGCAGGAUGCAGGUCUUUGACGUCGGCGGUGGCACCAGGGCGGUGAUACUCAAGACGUGGCAUGUCCACAAGCAGCCCGUCUGGGUGACGAAGUGGUCCCCCACAGAGCUGACGACCCUGAUGAGCGCGAGCGACGACAAGACGGUCCGACUGUGGGACCUUCCGUCGAACGAGCCUAGCCGGAUGUUCACGGGGCACUCGGACUACGUACGUUGCGGCGCCUUCGUGCCCGGGGGCAAUGGCAAUCUGUUGGUCUCGGGGUCCUACGAUGAGACGGUCCGUGUCUGGGACGCGCGGGCAGCCGGUGGCCCCGUCAUGACCUUCAAACAUGCCGAUCCAGUCGAAGAGGUCUUGCCGUUACCGUCAGGCACCACCCUCCUAGCUGCUUCCGGCAGCGCCAUCUCUGUCCUCGACCUCGUCGCAGCGAAACCGCUUCGGCUGAUCACAAAUCAUCAAAAGACGGUCACAUCUCUCUCGCUUGCCUCUAACGGACGGCGGGUCGUCAGCGGCAGCCUUGACGGCCAUGUCAAAGUUUUCGAAACAACCGGUUGGAACGUCGUGGCCGGCUCUAAAUACCCCAGCCCGAUCCUGUCCCUGUCCGUCAUCGCCGCUGGCGCGGCCCAGGAAGACCGGCACCUCGCGGUAGGCAUGCAAUCCGGCGUGCUUUCCCUGCGGACACGGCUUUCCGGCACGGCCGCCGAGAAGGCAAGGGAGCGUGCUGCGGUAGAAGCAGCGCGCGACAUCGGCACGGAAGCGCUCGAGAAGCUCGACGCGAAGAAGGCGAAACGCAAGCGCUCGGCCAUGACCAACAAGUCCAUGGAUCUCCUCGGCGAGGGCGUUGACGUGAUCAUCCCCACCGACCUCUACGGUGGUGGCCGCUCUCGGCGCGCCAAGCUCAAGCCGUGGCAGCGCAAUUUCCGCCAGGGCCGCUACGCAGCCGCUCUCGACGAGGUCAUCGACAUGUCCAGCCCGCAGUACCAGUCAAUCACCGCGCUCACCCUGCUUGUCGCGCUCCGCCACCGGUCUGCUCUGCGUGAGGCGCUCGAGGGCCGCGACGAGGUGACGGUGCUGCCCCUGCUCAAGUGGGUGAGCAGGUACAUUCCGGACCCGCGGUAUCUCAGCGUCUGUGUCGAUGUGGCGUUCCACCUGCUCGAUAUCUACAGCGAGCACGUGGGCGGGAGUGCUGAUCUGGCAUGCCAGUUCCAGGCGCUGCUGGGCAAGGUGUCCAAGGAGGUGGAGAAGGCGCAGAUGGCUAUUCAAACGAACGGGAUGGUCGAGAGUCUGAUGUUUGCCGGGAUACAGUAGCCAUUGGGGCAAGCGGGGAGAGAAAUCUGCUGUACCCUUGUCAAGGGUAGUGAUUUGCAUUGCGCCGGCGU